UCCUUAAAUCCUUCCCCUUUUCCUCUCACUUCUCAAUUUUCACCUCAAUUUCCUCUUUCUCUCUCUGGCGCUGGUCUCGCUUUCUUGUUCCUCUUCCGGCGAAUUAGGUGUUUUUCAUGCUCUUUGAUCUUCAAUUCACCUUAUAUAAUCCCCAAAAUUGGAUUUUGGAUAACGUAGUUACGUAUUUUGCUUUUUCUUCCUUUACAAGUGGACACGGAAAGUUUGUUCAAUUUUGACCAUCUAGGGUUUGUAGAUGCGAGCAGAAUCGAAUUGGGCUUCGGGGCUCGGAUAAUUGUGCGGGGAAAAAGGAAAGUUUUUUAUUUCUUGGGUUGGGAUUUUUGGUAUAUGGAUUCGGCUCAAACGUCAUACUGGUGCUAUAGAUGCAGUCGAUUCAUUAGCGCAGGGGUUCGGGUUCCAGUUGAAGAUACCGUGCUUUGCCCCCAUUGUGGUGGCGGAUUCGUUGAAGAAAUGCAGAACUCGACCCCGACUAGAUCUCCUAUCCAUAAUCGGUUUCCGGCGGCUGCUAUGUACUUCGACCGUGCCCCCAAUUCGGAGAUUCGUAGCCAUGGCCAAAGACUGCGCCGUAGCCAAAGAAGUAGCCGUGACCGCUCUCCUUUUAACCCUGUUAUUGUCCUUCGUGGCACCGCCGAGGGGGCUGGUGCCGGCGGCGGUGACGAAAGCAAUGGAGCUGAGCGAAGCAACUUUGAGCUAUAUUACGAUGAUGGUGUUGGAUCGAGUCUUCGACCCCUACCUCCUAGCAUUUCUGAAUUUUUGAUGGGUUCAGGAUUUGACCGCCUUUUGGAUCAAUUGUCACAGUUAGAGAUCAAUGGGGUUGGGAGAAUGGAUCAUCCUCCAGCAUCCAAAGCAGCUAUUGAGUCCAUGCCCAUUAUCAAGAUUUUGGCGAACCAUGUUUCCACGGAAUUACACUGUGCUGUUUGUAAGGAGGAAUUUGAGCUCAAUUCAAUAGCUCGAGAAAUGCCUUGCAAGCAUAUCUACCAUACGGACUGUAUCCUUCCGUGGCUUUCACUUCGUAAUUCUUGCCCUGUGUGUCGCCAUCAACUGCCCACUGAUGUCCAUGGAUGUGGCAGAAACUCCCCAGCGUCUGCCGAUGGGCCUGGGGAUGAAGAAACGGUGGGUUUGACAAUAUGGAGGCUUCCCGGUGGUGGUUUCGCUGUUGGGAGGUUUACAGGUGGUAGGCGAGCCUUUGAGCGGGAGCUUCCUAUCGUUUACACCGAGAUGGAUGGUGGUUUCAAUACUUCUGGUGCUCCAAUGAGGAUUGCAUUUCAAUCUAGUGGAAGUAGGUCAAGCGAGAGAGGCCGAGUGGGACAAGCAUUUCACAACUUUUUCUCAUUUUUUGGGAGGCUCAGAAGGUCAUCCUCUCGGUCUGGGGCUGAACCAAAUUUGACUCGAAGGAGUCUUUCUAGUACCAUAUUCAGUAGAGCAAGGCGCAGCCGGCACUGGAAUUUGGAUGAUAGCUAAUGACGAGUGUUUCAGUUCCUCUUUUCCAUCAUUGGGACCAAGUUGAGAAAGGGGGGGAGAGUAAAAAUUUGCUUCUCAAUUUGUAGGUUCAAUUUAUAAUUACUAAGAUUGUUGGUAGUGUAUUUUUUAAGUAAGAAUUUUUUUGUAUAUUGUAUUUGUAUUGUUUAUUUGCUUGUAUAUAGCUAUACGAAAUGAAGAAUCUUCCCAAAGUAAUUCUGCUGAAGAAGAGGACAUCCUACAUUGGCAGCAAAUUAUAGAGAUACGCACUUAGAUAUCUGUUUUUUCUCAGGAUUUCGACCUGUGCAAAUGAUAAUUGUCCUUUGUUUUAUGAAAAUUUAAUGUCUAGUUGAGAAUUAUGAGAAUGUCAAUAUAUAUUUUUCUUA